GCUGGGCCGGGCCAGGCCAGGGCGGGGCGGCCGCAGGAGGCCGCGUCGCCGCUAUAAAAGCGGAAGCGGCAGCACCACCUCCGUUCCCCUUGCCCGGUUCAUUCCGCUUUCUCUUGCUCAUCCCGCGGACAUGGCGCUGUCCGGCGACCCCCAUUUCAAGAAGCUGGUGGAAUGGCACAAGGCCAACUCCUCCAAGCUCGUCCUGCGGCAGCUCUUUGAGGCCGACAAGGAUCGCUUCCAGAAGUUCAGCUUGACCUUGAAUACUGACCAUGGGGAUAUCUUACUGGAUUACUCCAAGAACCUUGUCACAGAAGAAGUGAUGAAAAUGCUGAUGGAACUGGCAAAGUCAAGGGGUGUGGAAAGUGCCAGAGAGCGCAUGUUUAGUGGAGAGAAGAUCAACUUCACUGAGAACCGAGCUGUGCUUCACAUUGCUCUGAGAAAUCGCUCCAAUGUGCCAAUCCUUGUGGAUGGGAAGGAUGUUGUUCCAGAAGUAAACAAAGUGUUGGACAAAAUGAAACAUUUCUGUCAGAGGGUCCGUAGUGGUGAAUGGAAAGGCUACUCUGGAAAGGCAAUAACUGAUGUGGUCAAUAUUGGGAUUGGUGGCUCUGACUUGGGCCCUCUGAUGGUAACUGAAGCCCUGAAACCGUAUUCCAAGGGAGGCCCUCGUGUCUGGUUUGUGUCCAACAUUGAUGGUACUCAUAUAGCCAAAACCCUGGCUGAACUUAAACCAGACACUACUCUCUUCAUCAUUGCAUCAAAGACUUUCACCACCCAGGAAACCAUCACCAAUGCAGAAACGGCCAAAGAGUGGUUCUUGCGUGCUGCUAAUGAUCCUUCAGCUGUGGCCAAGCACUUCGUUGCCUUGUCUACCAAUGCUCCUAAAGUUAAAGACUUUGGAAUUGACCCAGAGAACAUGUUUGAGUUUUGGGAUUGGGUUGGUGGCCGCUACUCCCUGUGGUCUGCCAUUGGUCUCUCCAUUGCCCUGCAUAUUGGUUUUGACAACUUUGAGAGUCUGCUUGCUGGAGCCCACUGGAUGGAUAAUCACUUCCACACUGCCCCCCUGGAGAAGAAUGUGCCCGUUCUGCUGGCCAUGCUGGGGGUGUGGUACAUCAACUGCUACGGCUGUGAGACGCACGCCUUGCUGCCCUAUGACCAGUACAUGCACCGCUUUGCCGCCUACUUCCAGCAGGGUGAUAUGGAAUCUAAUGGCAAGUACAUUACCAAGAAAGGCUCUCGUGUGGACUACAGCACUGGCCCUAUUGUGUGGGGAGAGCCUGGCACCAAUGGGCAGCAUGCUUUCUACCAGCUCAUUCACCAAGGAACUCGCAUGAUUCCCUGUGACUUCCUGAUCCCAGUGCAGACCCAGCACCCCAUCAGAAAUGGCUUGCAUCACAAGAUCCUUUUGGCCAACUUCCUUGCUCAGACUGAGGCCUUGAUGAAAGGGAAGACGGCUGAUGAGGCUCGCAAGGAGCUUCAGGCGGCUGGGCUGAGCGGAGAGGCUCUGGAGAAGCUCCUUCCCCACAAGGUCUUUGAGGGAAAUCGACCAACCAAUUCAAUCAUGUUUACAAAACUCAACCCCUUCACCCUGGGAGCCAUCAUUGCCAUGUAUGAGCACAAGAUAUUUGUUCAAGGAGUUGUCUGGGACAUUAACAGUUAUGACCAGUGGGGAGUGGAGCUUGGAAAACAACUUGCCAAGAAAAUUGAGCCUGAACUGGAGUCAGAUGCUCCAGUGACAUCUCAUGAUAGCUCAACAAAUGGGCUCAUCAAUUUCAUCAAAAAACACAGAGCUUGAAAUGAAAUACUUGGAGGACAUCGACAAUCUCACCACCGAAUACCCAAAUCUGUUGUAGUCGUGCUUUUUUUUUUUUUUUUUUUAGCCACUUCUAACAAAAAUAGCACUUUAUGGAUGUAGCUCUCUUCACUUGUUGCAGUUAAUCUUGUUGCGUCAAGUGUUACAAAUGAAGCUAGUUUUGUGAAACCCGAGGUUGUAUAGUUGCUUUCUGGUUUUGUGGCUGUUAAUCUGUAAAGUGCAACUGGUAUAUUCCUCAAUUCUGAUCCCUCAACUUCCUUAAAGAUGAUCACCUACUGAUACUAGAAAACAAAAGGUAUGAUGGAUGAGUAAAACUUCUUCACUCUAUCUUUAAAGUGCAGCCCUGGUUACAUUUGCCUCACUCACUGUGUAAGGUCCUCUGAAGGCAAGUAAGCUGACUUUUGUCUUUCUGGAUUGGUUCUACUGUAAGCUGGAAACUAGAAUGUUUUUAAAGAAUCAAAUCUACAGCUGUAGGUUGUUUGGUUAGAUUUCAUCCUUCUUGAGCAAGAUACAGAUUUUUUUUCCCAGUGCUACUGUGAAAAUGCAAGUUUACUGAUGUUUGGUAAAAGAUUUCCUUUUUUGUCUGUAAGCUAUGUGGACAGCUAUCCAAAAAGGAAGAAAGUUCCUGGAGUGACAGUGAUAUCGUAGCUUCUCCAAACAGUUUUCCAGAGUUUGUGAAGCAAAAGCUUGGGAUCACUUGGAGAAGAAAUGUAAUUUUGGUAUCCUCCAGGGGCAAUUUCUCACUGUUUAAUCAGCAUCACUGUCUGACAACAGCAAUGAGAAAAUAGAGAAACCUGCUUGUCACCAAGUUGUUUAUCCUCUUUUGUUCUCUUCUACUCUUGACCUCUUUGCUAGCAAACUGGCAUGCUCUGGCUAUUGUUCUGUAACACCUUUAAUAAAGGUAAGACACAAGCAUUGAAAGGAAA